GGCCGGGGCCCUCCCCGCUCCGCUCUGCUGCCAGAGCGCGUGGCACGGGCUGCCGGCGCUACACGGGGCGCGCCCGCCGCCGCCCCUCAGGCAGGAACCGGCGGGUCGAGGCGCAGCGCACGGGAGCGGGCCGGGGCCUUCCGCCCUCCCCGUGGGUAGGGGGAGGCUGCCCGGCAAAGCCGGGGCCUGCGUAAGGGGGAGGCCGGGCAGGGCCGGAUGGCUUCGGUUGAAAAGGAGACACUGUCCCAGGAUGAACUCCGGAAGAGGCUCUAUCAGACUUUUAAGAACCGAGGUGUACUGGACACACUGAAGACACAGCUCCGAAACCAGCUAAUCCAUGAACUAAUGCACCCAAUUUUAAGUGGAGAACUUCAGCCACAGGCUGUUACAAGUGAAGGCAGUUCACUUUUCAUCACAGCUUCCAACAGUUUGGUAGCAGAUCAUCUACAAAGAUGUGGCUAUGAGUAUUCACUUUCUGUUUUCUUUCCAGAAAGUGGAUUAGAAAAGAAGAAGCUGUGGACUCUGCAAGAUCUUCUCCAAUUGAUGAGGAUCAAUCCAAAGUCCAGUCUUCACAAAUCACUGACUUCGGAAACUCGGAAGGAAAAUAAAGGUUUUCUUAUGCAGAUUUUAAUCGGGCUUACAGAGCAUUAUCUAAGUAAGGAAACUCAUGACACAGAAACUCAGACAAACUCAGUGCCUCCAUACAGAGAAUCUCUUGCUGAGAAGCUUCAGCUGAUUGAUGAAGAGUUUGCAGACUCUUAUCCCCAGCAUCAGAAAUACGAAUCUUUAGAAGCUAAACUUCAUGAAUAUAGAAAAGAAAUAGAGAAACAGCUUCAAGCAGAAAUGCGUCAAAAGCUAGAACAUUUUAAAGAAGUUGAAAUAGCGAAGAUUAAGAUGGAGGAGAAAGUGCAGACCCAGAAAGAAAUCUCAGAGUUGCGUCAUGAGCUAGAGAGAACACAUCAAGCAAAGGCUGAAGCCUUGAUUUCUCGUGAAAAGAAUGCUAUUGAGAGGCUUCAAAAGCAGCAAGAGAUAGAAGCGAAGGAAGUAUAUGCUCAGAGACAAAGUCUACUGAAAGAUAUUGAAGUCAUAAGGACCAGAGAGGCAGAACUGAAGCAAAGAAUUGAGGCAUUUGAAGUCUCUCAGAAACUUCAGGAAGAGAAAAAUAAAGCUAUUGAUGAUGCACUUCGACGUCGGGAGGUUGCUGUGAAGAACAUAGAGGACACAUAUGACCAAAAGCUUAAGACAGACCUCUUAAAAUAUCAGCUUGAAUUAAAAGAAGAAUACAUAGCCAGAACCAAUAAAGUUACUGAAGAUGAGAAAAAAAAUAAAGAGAAAGCUUUGCUUUUGCAUGAAGAAGCCAUUGCUGUUAAUUCCAAAAAGGAAGAACUCAAGCAAGCUAUAUCACGCACAAAAGAGCUUGAGUUGGAUUUCGAGUCAGUGACGGCCCAGGUUCUGUUGCUAAAUAAACAGAAUCAGUUGUUGACAGAAAAACUCAAAGAGUUGUCAGACUAUCCUUUGCUUAAGGAGGAGAAAUUGGAGCUCCAAGUGCAGAAUAAACUCCUUAGGCAACAGUUGGAUGAGACUCGCAGUGAAAACCAGCAUCUUCGAGACAAGCUGUCCCAACCCUCAGCAGAGCAUCUGGCCUGCCAGGUGGAGCUGAGGAGAGUGGAACAUUCGAAGAAGCUGGCAUUGGAUGAAUUUGAAAGUCAUAGGCAGGCUUUGGAAAAGCAGCUACAAAGUGAGGUUGAGCGUUGUGCCCAGUUAAAGGCCCAGCUGUUAGACUCCGAAACUACUGUCAGAAAGUUAAAUGUGCAAGUUGAAGAACUGAAACUGCAGGUGAAACAAACACAGGCAGCUCUGGAAAAUGAAGUGUAUCGGAAUCCAAAGCCUUCACUUGUUGAUCGCUCUGUCCUUGACUUCACUGGUGACAGAGCUGUACCUCAUGAUAUUUACGUGGAUAGUGCAUUUCUGAAGAAUCAGGUUAUGACUGAUGUCGUAAAGGUAAAUGCUGUGCCAAGAGUUGGCUAUUGGCAGCAGCUGCAGCCACACAGUGCUUCUCCGGAUUCCGACCUGGAGUGUAUGGCACAAACCCGGGCUAGAAUAAAAGAACUAGAAAAAGAGGCAGAGUGUUUGGAAGAAGCGUACAGGAACUACCGACGCAGUGUCGUGCAGGAUGCAGCUGCAAGCAGAACACCGAGAAAGAUGCAGUCUCCUUUACUUCUGCAGUGUGCUACCAAUAGGCCACCUUUGACUGCCCAGCAUGAACUUCUCGAGGAUAAUCCCAGCUCCCAGCAUUCCUCUCUGAGCAGUCCAAGAGGUGAAAAAGACAUCAAAAGAACUGGGUCAGUCGAUGUCUUUAAAAAUCCCUUAACGCCACCACACAGAAGAACGUCUGCUUCAAGAUGCCUUUCUUCUACUCCUGUUUCCAAAGUGGAAAGAGAUCUCAGCAACAAGAAAGUUUCAGAUGACACCAGUUGCUUGUACCUCGCCUCUUCACAGCAAAGUGUUGACAAGGUGCUCUCUCCUAUUUCAAAGCCAUAUCCACUUUCAUCUUCUGAGUCUGUUUCUUCCUCACCAUCCAGUCAUGGCCAGAAAAUCAGACUUCAUAAUCAACAAACAAAUAAACCAGGUUUUAGUGACAUUCCCAAACCAGACAAACUAAUAUAUGAGGACCUUGAAGAAUGCAUUUCUUCUCUCGAAUAUCAGGGGGACAUUCCAGAGCAGUGUGAAAGUGAUGCUUUGCAUCCAUCUGGGGACAUCAUCAAUGGAAACCAUGUCACAGCCACUGUGCCAGCAACAGCCACUUCACUGCAGGACUUAACAGUGCUAGAUCAAAGACAGAUCGAAGAACAGGAUGGAGAAGUGGAGAACAACUUGGAAAAAGAAGAAGAAAGGAAAGCAAGAGAAGAAAGAGGAGAGAGAAAACUACAGGAAGCUUUGGAAAGAUGGCAAAAAGAAGAGGAAAAGCUUAACAAGGAGCACAUUCAAGACUCGAUGAAAAUAGAUGAAGAAAAAGAAGAUAAGGAGGGGGUAAAAUCUGAAAACAGUAAUUCUGGUGCUGAAGACAAUGUAAAGGAUCCUACUGAAAAUCCAUUAGAAAAAUACAUGAAACUAAUUCAGCAAAGGAGGGCAAACAAGGAUUCACAAAAAGAAAUAGAAGUGUCACUUACAGAGGGAUUUGGACUUAGUGAAAAGGAUGACAGCAAUGCAGACAUUUCUCAUGGAGACAUGGAUGAAAGCUUCUGGUGAACAAUAGUUGCUGCUAAUUAUUAUUAUUACAAUGUUUUUAAAGCAGCUUUCUGCCUGUAACAAGUGUCAGGCACCAAGAUUGCAGACUGUAUAAUUUUAAAUUAAUAAAGCUGAUUUUGAGCUGUGUCAUCGCUUCAGCCAUUAACUUCAAAUAGGGAGUCCCAGUGUGUCACUAACGCAGGACAAGGCCCUUGGAGGGGGCAAAAGAAAGGACAAAGCAGUGUGAAGAAAUUAAUCAGCAUGUCCAAGUAGAUUGGCUUUGGCACUGAAUUCCUGUAAUUUCUAUAAAUAUUGACAGCUUUUCAAGUGGGGCCCCCCCCCGCCCCCUUCCCCACUGUAGGUCAAAGUAACAGUGUGCAGGUAACAGAAGAAUGCAGUCGUCAUGACCUGUUUUUAAAGGUGUCUCUUGGGGACAAGGUGGCUUCAGAGUGGAGUGUGACAGACCCGAGUCAACACAUCCCUUUUACUGCUAUGGCAGGGGAAGCAAACACUUGUAGAAGCAGCCUUAUCUCGUGUAUCACCUUGUUGGUAUUAACCAGCCCAGAACGGAGAGAUUAAAAUAAAAAUGCUAUUUAACUCAUCUUUAUUUAAGCUUUGUAUUUUGUAGGUAGAUUAUAGGCAAGAUCAUUAAACUUUAUUUACAGUAUAAAAUACAGUAUUUUUAUCAAUGAAGUGAUUUUGAGUGGCAGCAUAUAUUACAACUUGCACUGCAUUUGAGGCUGCUCAGCUUGACCUUGCUACAAGAACAUGAAGCCAAGUUUGACAGAAUUUAGGGGCAAAAAACAAAGCUCUGUCUUGAAUUCAUCUGAAGCUGAAACGUGUACCACAAACGUGACAGAAAUAAUAAACUUUACUUUUAGAAAUCAAGCUAGUAUGUGAUCUGGUGGCAAGUCUAAUUUUACAUGCUGCUUAAUUUGGUGCUGCAGCAACGCUGGCACUUAGGAUAUUUCUGAGAGGCCUUCUGUUUGGGACAGGUAGUGCUUGUUGCAUUAUGCUGGCCAGGAACAACUACCACCACUUCGUGCUAGAGCCACCUGCUGACUUACCAUGCUGAAGUGUACGCCGCCAGGGCCUCCCUUCCCACUACAGGAGCACGUGGAUACUCCUGAACAAAACAUCUUUAACUCCAGAUAGGGACAGAAAGCCUGGAGGUGCACCAGGAUGGAGCAGGUGUAGGUCUGUUUUCAAAUAAGCAUACACAAGUGUUUUCUAUUAUCUACAAAUAUUUAUUUUAACACUUGGAUGUAACUACAGGAAGCCCUUGGCACUGAUAGAAAAUAUUGAUUCACUGUUAGGUUACAAAAAUUUAUACAUAGCAAAAUUUAAUGCUCUUUACAUAAAAAUAUUAGACUACUUAAACAAAACUUCAAAAACUCCCAGUCAUAGCUACACUGAAUUAGAAAAGAAUUAGGCUUUAAGACACUGCCUCCAUUUUACCCUUAUGCAAACACUGGGCUAGAACAUCACCUGCAUUGCCGUAGAAAUGUCUCCUUCAUGCAACAGGUAAGAACAUACACUAGGCUAUUUAGUCAUAUUUGCUCUACAUUGAUCAACUUUGCCCCUGUUUUGAAACUGUCAAAUUAGACUUCAACAUUUAACAAAAAAAGAUUCUAUUUGAAGUUAAUACCCCCCAAAAUGCCUUUUUUCUCUUAAUACUGACUUGAAGGAAUUUGUGCUUCCUUUGCUUUAUAUUCAGCAAACAGUCAAAACUAUCAAACCACACGUCAGCUUAACAUGGGUAUGACUUGAAUAUUUAAUUUUUUCAAAUGCUGAUGUAUUUUACUCCCCCCCCAACAUUUAUAUAUAUAUAUAUAUCAUAUAGAACAAACACCAAAUAUACCAUCACUAAUACUCAAGAUAUCACUGAAUGCUUCUGAAAAAAACAUUAAUUAGAAGGCAGACUUCUAUGGGAAAUGACUUUAAAAUGGCACCAGUUUGUUUGUCGUUGUUUCUCUGAACACCACAUUUUCUUAAUGUGCUAAUUAAUUUGUAAAAAGGAAAACACAGAAGCACUGACUUUAAUAAAUUUGCUAAGCACCAAGAUAGAGAAAGGUGGACAUCCUGUAUUCUGCUUUAUGGCUGUAAUUUUUAUUGUUUGUGUAAAUCUCUGCAAACUUUCUCAUCCGCUCAUUUGGAAUAGUCAGAUCAGUGUCAUUUUAAUAAGGUAACACUUUUCACAUACUUAAAAUGUAGGAUAAUGGUCUCCUGCCACUAUAUAAAUGCUAAGACAUUUAUAGAAAAUAAAUAUUAAGGCAAAGCUGACAUUUAUUUUCCAAGAAGGGGAUCAUUAUCCAGAUCCAGGGAUCUAAAUUCCAUUAAAUAGGUAAUAAAAAGAUUAAAACUUGGGACCUCUGCUCAACACUCCCGUGAGCACAGGAGCGUGACUGCUUCAUCAUAGAAAAGUGUGGCACAAGAGCAGGGCACUGUUCCUGCGGCCCAGGCCAGGAGUGUUCCAGGGCAGCCCCGCUGCAGCUCAGGAGAUGCCGCGUGUGCCUUUGCCUAAGGUGUGCACAGCGUGUGGCUGCCUGCUGGUGUGGGCACCUGCCACAGCUCUGUGCAGGGCCCAGGGCUGUAGGAACACGUCAAAUGCUAAAUACCAGAAGUCUGGAAGAAGAAUAAUUUGGUCACUUAGUGUGAAGUGUUGCCUUUUAAAAUGCCUGGAAUAAAACCUCCAUUCUCUAUAAGAAAGGAUGGAAGAUUACCUAUGGGAAGAUUUCCCUAUGAAAGUGUUCCAGGAGCUGGAAUGUGAAGC